ACAGUCUAGAACGAGUACCACCGAUAGGAAGUAAACAAAACAUCAUAAACCGAAAUGACAGAGAAAUUGAGUGUUGCAAAAAUACCAAUGCACGUUCCUCCGAUGGAGGAAGUGCAGAAAGUUCUUAGUGAUGGACUGUCAAAAAAUUUCGCUGACGUGGCAGUGUCAGUUGUGGAAUGCCCAGACUUGACACAGCCGCCCUUCCAUCUGUCGGCGUCGGGCCUCGGCGGCAACCAGCGGCUCGUGGACAUCGGAGGACCGCCCUUUCUCUUUCCGCUGGCACAGAGAGACAAGAAAUUUACCUUCCGUCAGAUAGCCGAACUGGCCGAGUCAAAGGACCCCUUCAUGCUUGGGGCAGGGGCCGGGCCCGCCCAUGUUGUAGGAGUCAAUUCUGAGAUGAUGAACACCAUUAAACUGCAAGCAGACGGUAGUUCCAUAAACAAAGGCUACAUUUCCAAAGUUGACAAACAGACCGGCGGAUGUAUUCUGGAAAAGAUGCCAUGUGACGAAUUCUGCCUUAUGGGUAACUUUUUGGUGUGCGACGGGGCCCCAGGAAAGGUUCUAGAGGUAAAGGCUAGCAGACGGACAGGAGAGGAGGACUUUAGCCGCUGUCUGAAGAUGAGUCUACGUAGUCACUAUGGCGACAAGCCCGUGGGGCUAGGGGGCGUCUUCCUCAUAGAGAAGGGCAAGGCCCACCUUCAUAUCAUGUCGGACUUCUCCGAGACGCCGAUCACUAAGGAGUCACAGGUCGGGACGUGGCUCAAGUUUUACGAGAUGAACUCCACCCUUGUCUGUCUUGGAGAGCUAGUAUCACACGACCCUGGUUUUGAUCUACGGGACGAGCAUUUCCACUGUUUCAAUCAGCAGGGUCAGGGCGGACAUUACCAUUGGGACACCACACCAGAAGAGGUCGAGUACCGCGCCUACUUUGUACUCCCGGAAUACGUCUACAGGAUAGAUAAGCCAACCAACAAAGUCCCGUGGGAACAAUGAGUUGUCUCCCCUGGACCAAAAAAAAUAAAUAAAUAAAUAAAUAAAAAUAAAGCCAUGUUGACCAAUAUGUUGAUAAUUAUUUUCUUGUGUUUUAGUAAUUACGUUAAUCAGUAUUUUUAAACAUUCAAAUAAGUUGUUUUGGACAGUAAAUCAGCAUGUUAAAACAUAAAAAUAUGGCAAUAUUUAAUGGUAUUUUAUUAACGCCGUAAUGAAAAAUUGUUUUGAGCAAAAAAAUUAUUGAUUACGUUAAUCAGUAUUUUUCAUUUAUCACCCAACAUUUUAUCUUUUGAAUUAGUUUAAGUAUUUUUAUUAUCAUUAUAUACUGUUUAAUAAGUUCAAUUAGAAAACUAGUCAUUUAUUUGAAACAUUUUAUCAGGAUCGACAUGAAUUGUUUGAAUAUGUCUGUCUGCACAUGUAUGUCUGUGGAUUCUUAAAGGGCAACUAACUUAUUGAUGUCUCUAAACACAUUUAUACAUGUUUUAAAAGUUGUUUUUAUUUAAUUGCAAAUGAACAAAAUUGCGCAAUUAUGUGAUAUCUUUUAUGAAUGAACAAAUUGUUGAAUGUUUUUAUUAUUUUUGUUUUCACACUGUCUGCUUUUAUGUUUAUCCGAUCUUUUUAUGCAAUACACAAUAGCCAGAGAACACUAUACAUAUACUAUAUAAGACAUUAUAUUUUAAUUGCUAUGAUAAUUAUUUUUCCAAUCAAUCUAUUUGUUAAUAAAUGCAGUUCUUCAAUAAAGCUUUUUUGUUGUUAAAUGUGCUUUACCAAUCAGUGCUUUUGUUGAUAAAUGUGAUGUCAAGCGAAGUAUUGUCUACUUGACAAUGUGGUUCUUUUAAGUUCUUGGCUUUUCUAUAUACAGAAGAAUUUUUCAAGUGAAAUUAACUGUUUACAACACUUCACAUGUCAUUGUCAAGUUUUUAAAUCGACUUUAACAAGAAAAAGUAAACAAUAUAACUCCCUACUGGAUAAA